AUGCCGCGUGAAAAGCAGAAAAGAGGUCGUCGAGCGGAGGACAAGGCCAAAAAAGACGCAGCCAAACGGAAGCGCGAUGAAGGUCCUGAAGAUUCGGCGGUUAAGAGAUUGAAGCCCUCCACCGAGACUGAUACUUUAAACAAUGAAAUCACCCAAGGAGCGGAUUACAUACCCCUGGAGGACGGCAGAAACGAGGUUUUCAUGGACGAUGCGCCCUCGAACGACAUGCCUUUCUACGGUCUCCUGGACAGCGAAGAGCAGGAAUACUUUUCGCGAGCCAACGAGAUAUUGGAACUGAACCAGUUCCAGGAUGCGGAAGAGCGAAGGCUUUUCGUCGACAGUGUCUACAGGGAAGCGGAGGGGAAAGAAUUGAAGGUUGCUUGCAGUCAGUCUUGCUCGCGGCUUAUGGAGAAAUUGAUUUCGCUCUCCGACAUGCGCCAUAUUCGGAGACUCUUUAGCAAGUUCAUUGGCCAUUUCUUGCAUCUUGUGCAGCAUCGGUUUGCGAGCCAUUGCUGCGAGACACUGUUCAUCAACGCAGCACCUGGAGUGACAGAAAAGAUUUCCAAGUCGAAAGGCCGCAAGGCGGAAGUGGACGAGGAGGACGAGCCUGAACCAGAGUUGUCGCUGGCGGAAAUGUUCAUGAAGGUCGUUGAGGAAUUAGAGGGGAAUUGGGGUUAUCUGUUGACGGAACGCUUUGCGUCGCAUACAAUCAGAGUCUUGUUACUGGUUCUUGCCGGGGAGCCAGUCGACUUGUCAUCCACUGAUUCGGUUGUCGCCAGCCGGAAGAAGGAAAGGUUGGGAAUCGUAAACACGGACGCAUCCGAGGAAAAGUUCGUUGCGGAGAGGCGUGGAGUACCAGAGUCUUUCGAGGCUACGCUGAAGAAAGUUAUGAGUGACAUGGUUUCCGGGCUCGACAACACCUACUUGAGAGCCCUGGCAACCCACCCUGUAGGGAACCCCGUCUUACAGGUGCUGGUAUUCCUUGAAUUGUCGCACUUUGGCAAGGCGAGCGCUAAGGAUCCCAACUCAAUCAUCAGGAGGCUCAUUCCGGAUGAUGAUUUCGCGGAGAAUGCUGAGAGCUCAACAUUCGUCAGAGGCUUACUCUAUGAUCCCGUCGGUUCUCGUUUGCUCGAGACUAUCAUCAAGUCCAUGCCUGGAAAGCUCUUCAAGGGACUCUACAAGAACAUUAUUCGCGACCGCAUUGGCUCUCUUGCACGCAAUACAACAGCUGGAUAUGUGGUUCUCAGGACACUUGAAAGGCUAGGAAAGGACGAUCUACAAGAUGCUAUGGAGUUAAUCAUUCCUGAAAUCCCUGGUCUCAUUGAGCGAUCUCGAUUGAUUGUCCCUAAAGUGUUGAUCGAGCGAUGCCUCGUUCGUGGGGUUGACACGAAGUCGCUUUCAGAGGCCUUGGAAUCCGCUUACGACGGAGACCCGGCUCGAAGAUUGGAGCAAAUGCUCAAGCUUGACCCCCCGGCAAGUGAGGAAGACUCAGAGGAGAAGCAGAAGCAGUCGGGCAACAAUCAGACAGCCGCCGCAGAGAAAUUACACGGCUCCCUCCUUGCUCAGACAAUGCUUACAGCUUCCGGGCCCAUGAGCGGGCUCAUUUAUUCGAGCCUGCUAGCACAGUCUUCAGAAUCACUUCUCAGAUUAGCCAAAGAUCCCACAGCCUCCCGUGUUCUUCAGCAGGCCCUGACUGUACCAACUUCAACAUCUCAAUUCCGGCGCCAGUUUACAACGCGCUUCUCGGGUCAUUUGACGGAACUCGCGCUUGAUAGCAGUGGAUCACACGUUGUGGACGCUUUAUGGCCGGCAACGAAAGACCUAUUCUUUGUCAAGGAAAGGAUGGCACAGGAAUUGCUCAAAGAUGAAUUGACUCUCCGAGACUCUUUCGUUGGCAGAGCAGUAUGGAGGAAUUGGUCCAUGGACCUCUACAAGAGACGGCGAGGAGAGUGGGCUGCGAAGGCGAAAGGCCUGGACAGUACUGAAAACGGCCAGGGCGAGCGACCUAAGUCUCGCAUUGAAUUAGCCCGGGCCAAAUUCGCAGCAAAGGCAGCGGAAGAGAGUUCUAAGGCGCCGGUAGCUGCUAAGACAUGA